CUUUCAGAUCAUUGGUCUCGAAGGCAUUCCUGUGUAUACGCAAUUUUUUCUCAGAGAUCAAAAAUGGUAUUUUGGUUGGUUUUUAUGCGAUCUAUGGUUAAUGGUGGAUUAUGUCGUGUGCCUUGCUUCAAUCUAUACGGUUCUCGGCAUUACUAUCGAUAGGUAUUGUUCCGUAAAAUAUCCAGCAGCUUAUAGAAACUGGAGGACUCCAGGCAGGGUCAUUCUUAUUAUAGCAGUUGUUUGGCUGAUUCCUACAAUAUUAUUCGGCUUGUCCGUAUUUGGAUAUGAUAAAUUCACUGGUAAAAGAAAGUUGAAAGACGAUGAAUGUUACGUACAGUUUAUGACGAAUCCAAUUUUAAACAUGGGAAUGUACAUAUCGUACUAUUGGUCGACUUUAUUUGUUAUGCUUUAUCUUUACUGGGGAAUUUAUAGGGCUGCCAAGCUUCUUGCUGCAAAAAAUGAACAGAAAAACAAACGGCUUGCGAUUCUCAAUGAAAUGAGAGCUCCAAAACAAGAUAUUGUAUCGACCGCCACAGGUAAAAGUAGUGAGCAGGAUACACCGCCUGAAACACAAAAUUCAGCUCAUUCGAAGUGA